AUGGGUUGUGCUAUAUCGUGUAAAUGGAAAAUGAAAUACGGUCUGAUCAGCUGCUCGGUGUUUCAAACAGUUUCACAGGCUGUUACUAACAAUAAAGAAGACAUUUAUGUAGAAGAAAUGGAAAUCUCACUUUUCGACCUAACCGAUGUUUGUACUGAUCCGCAAGUGAAAAAGUACAUCUACGAGUGUGUGGAAUCACUACGCACACAACUGUUCCGUGUACGGGAGUUGCGCAUUGUCAUUAAGGUUGUUACAGAUUCGAUCCAUCAAGACGAUUCAGAUUGUUUGGAAUGCUUAGUUAUUCGUUUAGACGGCUUGAAUGAAGAGUUUCUAAGAUGGGAUCGAUUGGCCACCGCAUUCCAGGAGGAUUGUGCCGCUGCGUUAUUACGACUGAACAUGUUGGAAUGUAUCUAUCCCCCGGUUGAUUUUGUGGUCGUGGACCAGUACGGAGAAGAUAUAAUGGAGUCCAUCAUUGAUUAA